AUGUCGUCGAUCUUGCAAUGCCUGGCGCGCCACUGGACGUCGAACCCGCCGCUGAAAUCCCCCGAGCAAAUUGAUGCCGAAAAGUACUUGAUCUGCGUGCCGUGGUUCGGCAACCGGUACUUCACGUCCACGCUAAUUCCGUUCAACCGGUGGUUCCUCUUCGUCGCGUCGUUCCUUUGCCAGUUCUGCUGCGGGUCGCUUUACUCGUGGUCGAUCUACAACACCCCGAUCGACACGUUCAUUUACAACAACGCGUCCGCGGGGAACGCUGUGUACACGUUCUACAUUGCGUGUGGUCUCCUUGGCUCGACCGCGGCGCUGCUGGGCCCGUGGCUCGAACGCAAUGGUCCGCGCGCUGGCAUGUCCCUCGGGACGUCGUGCUUUCUCAUCGGGUACGUCAUCGCGGCCAUCUCACUCACCAACAAAUCCAUGGUCGGCGUGUACCUUGGGUAUGGUCUCGUGAGUGGGUUCGGUCUCGGCCUCAACUACAUCUCGCCCGUGUCGGCGCUGCAAAAGUGGUUCCCUGACAUGCGAGGGACGGCCGCCGGGUUCGCUGUCGGCGGCUUCGGUGCCGGCUCCAUCGUGUGGGGCAAAGUCUACUUGCCUGCCAUCAAGGCGUUCGGUCUUCCUGGGUCGUUCAUCUUUUUGGGUGUGGUUAUGUCCACCGCCAUGUUCUUCUGCGCGCUGUGCAUGCGCACGCCGCCGCCGGGGUUCAACGUUGGCGGGAUUAACAUCCACGGCUUGAUUCAUGUUGAAGGGGAAGAGGACCAUGCCGCGGAGGCCGAGAAAGGCAAGGCCGACAUUCAAUCGCCGGUUGUGGCCAAGGAAGUUGACGGCGGUAACGUUGCUCAGUACGAAGCCGUCAACGAAGCCACGGCGGACGUGCAUGGGGCCCACGCCAAGCACCAAGACGGAUACAAGAACGUCAAGAACAUGAGCAUGAUCGACUGCCUUCUCUCCGCCGACUUCUUCUUCAUGUACUUCAUGCUGUUCGGGAACAUCGUGUUCGGCCUCGUCGUCCUCUCGCGGCUGUCACCCAUGGCCACGGGCGUGUUCAAGCAAUCGGCGGACGAAGGCGCGACCGUCGUCGCGAUCAACGGCGCGUUCAACUGCUGCGGCCGCCUCUUCGUCCCGAUGUUGUCCGACUUGCUGGUCCGCAUCUUCCACCUGAACCCGCCGUUUGCGCGCAAGUGCAUCUUCUUCACGACCUUGACGACUCAAGUGGUGAUCCUUCUCACGCUCCCCACGAUCAUGCGCAACCAAAGCUACGACUGGUUCCGUUUCGAGAUCUGGCUCCUCACGCUGUGCUACGGUGGUGGCUUCGGGACCAUCCCGGCCUUCUUGACCGAUAUGUUUGGCGCCUACAACAUUGGCGCCCUCCACGGGUUCAUCCUGACGGCGUGGUCGAUUGCCGGUGUCGGCGGCGGCCUCGGCUUCACCUUCAACUUUAACCACCUGGUCAACAUCGAGAAGAUUCCGCUCGUCGAGGCCUACAUUCAAAACAUCCAUUGGAUCGUCAUCACGACCAUCGUUGGUGUCGUCGCCCUCUUCGGCGUGCGCACCAACCCGAUCGACCGCUUCGCCCCAGGCUACCAAUACAGCAUCUGCGGCAAGCUCAUCCUUCGUCUCCGUUGAAAAACGCGAGCAACUUGGCAGGGCUGCACUCGUCGUGCCAUUCUUUCGGCUCGAGCAUGACUUAGACCAGCGACUGCGACCUUUAUAUCUAUAAAUAUAUGCCCAUCCAUGAAGCCACCUCCAUGCGCAA